UUUAAAUAAGGAAGGAGGUGGUAACAACCAAGAAUGGAAGGAGGUGGUGCAAGCACCCAAGCGAGAGCUCUACACAUCUUCCGAAGGAGACACGAAAAAUCGUGUUUGGGAUUAGUCGCUACAGCCCAAGGGGGUCGAUAGAUCCAAGAGGGAGGUAGAGUCCUUGAAGAAGCCAUAUAGAAGGGAGGAAUUUAAAGGGAGCUGGGAAAUUUAAAAAAAGAAAGGAAGAUAACAGAGAUGGAGUGAAGAGGAAGAUGGAAGAUGGAUGGUAACAUAGAUGGAAUGGAAUGAAGAGGAAGAUGGAAGAUGGAAAUUCGAAAAUGAAAGGCGUAUCAGGGGGGAGGGAAGGAGGGUUAGUGACCACCUCCCCCCUUGCUGUAUAUCCCUUGAUCCUCACCAAAACAGAAAUUCAUUAUCAAUGUAUGCGUCCAACUUGUCAAAUCAAGCAGAUCCGUGCGCACGUCACGUGAGAUCCUGGGAUAGUUACAAACAACGGCAUAUUAACGAAACAUUGGUGAUCACCAGGGAGGCAAUUAUCUGUAAAUGAAACCCUAGCAAAACCCUAACCAUAAAAUUGCCAUUGACAACCACCAUGAGCGAAGAAGCCAUGAAGGUGGACCAACCUCAGCCACCGAGGACCGAAGCCCUCCAAACCCUAACCGAAGGUCCUCUCUCCUCGUCGAUAUCCAAGCUCUCAGGCUCAUCGCGAGGCAUACCUUCCAACCUAGACUUCUAUUUCUACCGCAACUUCGACGAAUUCAAGGCACCGAUCGAACAAAUCACAGAACAGUCGCAGUCAAUGCUCGGCUCCGUUGGCUCUUCGGCGCCUAUUUGGGGCAAAAAGAUGGCUGUACCCCAAGACUUGGACCACGAGUACGAUUGGCUGGUUAACGUCAACGACGAGGUGCUCGAGAGGUUUGACUCGUCGGUGGAGGAGUUCAAGAGAAUCAGGAAUGAGGCAGAGGAGCCCAAGCGGCCGAUGAUUGCGGAUUUUGACUCGGAAAAUGGGUUUCAAUUGGUCUGUGGGAAGAAGAAGAAGGGGCCCAGUGGCUCGGCGAGUGCUAAUGGUGAUUCGACUCAGGUCUCGAGCGUGAAGGUGGCUACCAAGGACAAGAAGACUGUGGGGACGAAGCCCAAGGUACCGUUUCAUAUACCGACAAUUCGGAGGCCUCAGGAGGAGUUCAACAUUUAUUUUAAUAAUUCAAACCAGCCGUUUGAGCAUGCUUGGUUGCAGAGAAGUGAGGACGAUCAGCGUUUUCUUCAUCCCCUUGAGAAGCUUUCUGUUCUGGAUUUUGUUGACACUGACGUUGGGGAUGUUGAGCCUGUAAAACCACCCUCAUUAGAGUCUACGCCAUUCAAGCUCGUGGAGGAGGUCAAAGAUCUGAAAGAGCUGGCAGCUAAGCUGCGUGGUGUUAAUGAAUUUGCGGUUGAUUUGGAACACAAUCAAUAUCGAUCCUUUCAAGGAUUGACUUGCUUGAUGCAAAUUUCUACUAGAACUGAAGAUUUUAUAGUAGAUACUUUGAAGCUUAGAAUUCAUGUUGGUCCAUAUCUCAGGGAAGUUUUCAAGGACCCUGCCAAGAGAAAGGUGAUGCAUGGAGCAGAUCGAGAUAUCAUGUGGCUCCAACGUGAUUUUGGCAUUUAUAUCUGCAAUUUGUUUGAUACUGGCCAGGCCUCAAGGGUAUUGAAAAUGGAGAGAAAUAGUUUGGAAUAUCUUCUACAUCAGUUAUGUGGUGUUACUGCUAACAAAGAAUACCAGAAUGCAGAUUGGAGAUUACGCCCUCUUCCUGAGGAGAUGGUCAGAUAUGCCAGAGAAGAUACACACUAUCUGUUGCACAUGUAUGAUUUAAUGAGAACAAUGUUAUGUUUGAUGCCAAAGGAAUCAGAAAACUUGGACACUCCUUUAGUAGAGGUUUACAAGCGGAGUUAUGAUAUAUGCAUGCAUCUGUAUGAGAAAGAGCUUUGGACAGAAAAUUCCUAUCUCCAUAUAUAUGGGUUGCAAGGUGCUGGUUUCAAUGCUCAGCAGCUUGCAAUUGUUUCCGGUCUUUGUGAGUGGCGGGAUGUUGUUGCUCGUUUUGAGGAUGAAAGUACUGGCUAUAUAUUACCAAACAAAACUCUUCUUGAAAUUGCUAAACAGAUGCCUGUCACUACUAGCAAGUUAAAGCGAUUGGUGAAAUCAAAGCACCCGUACAUUGAGCACAAUCUUGCUUCUGUGGUUAGUAUCAUUGGGCUUUCUAUGCAAAAUGCUGCUUUUUUAGAGCCUGCGGUCGAACAUCUGAAAUUGGGACGUGCGGGUAUGAACAAGGAAGACAAGUUGGAGCAAAUUAGGUCGUCAAUGAACUUUCCUUUCCCCUCAUUUACGGGAAGCAGUGAGCAAUCAAAGCCAAUCAUCAAAGCACCAGCUACAAGUUCCGAAAUUCCCCACUCUGAAGGGCCUCUCUCUGAUUUGUCCUCGAGCUUCCAAAAUUGUUUUCAGUCACGUAAGCGAAACAGGAAACCCAGAGAAGUGAAGAAAUCCCUAGAAUCCUGUGGUUUGCAGGUGAAGCCUUUUGACUAUGAAGCAGCAAAGAGAGGGGUCAUUUUUGGAGCUAAGUCAGUUAAAGAUGCCGGAGCUGGGGAAAGGUGUAAGGAGCCUGAAUUCAGGAGGGAAGAAAAAAUCUUUAGGCGGUAUAGUCUCAAAUGAUGAUGGGUCAAAAGAACUAGCACAAGGUGGACGACGACAAGCUUUUCCAGCAAGUGGAAAUAGAAUUGCAACGUUUCGUUAAGUUUCGGGCAUAGAUUUGUUCUGUAUUACACAAGUGACAGAAUGUUUUUAGUUGUCAAAAGAAAUGGAAUGAAAUUGAAAGAAGAAAAAGAAAAUUAUAAGUGUCUUUAAA